CUUUAAGAAAGCUCUUGGCCGUGUCUGACGUCCCCGACAAGAAGGCCCUUGUUACCAUACUUUAAACAGUCUGUUACAACCCUGCUUCAUAAAAAAGUAUGACGACCCCCGCCCUCCAGACACUCCGAGCCCAAUAUAGUUCAACCUUGAAACGCUUUAUCGCGUCGAGCAAGAACUUUGAAAUCCUCACCUCGAUCCCCGCUGGCCAAUCCCACCUACCGGCUCACAUUCCAGAUGUCUUAUACGUGCUGGAUUCAUCCUUCAAUCCGCCCACUCUUGCUCAUCGCAGGAUAGCUGGUACCGCCCUUUUAGAGAGUUCAAGCAAAGCGCCGCGGCUUCUACUAUUGCUUGCGACCCAGAAUGCAGAUAAACCUUCCAAACCAGCCUUGUUCGAGGAUCGUCUUGUUAUGAUGGAACUAUUUGCGAGAGACCUUUUGGCAUAUAUACAGCCACAUUUCUCGACUUCAGAGAACGAGAGUCUUCCAGUAAUCGAUAUCGGUCUCACCAAGAAACCGUAUUUCGUGGAUAAAGCCGCAGAAAUAGAUAUUGCGGGGAUUUAUCCGGAAUCGCUUGAGCAAGUUCAUCUCACUGGCUAUGAUACGUUGAUCCGGAUCUUCAACCCCAAGUAUUAUCCGCCAGAACAUACCCUCCAGCCAUUAGGGCCUUUUCUUACACGCCAUCGGUUGAGGGUCACCAUGCGACCGGGUAGCGAGUGGGGUGAUGCGGAAGAGCAGAAGCAAUUCCUAAUCAACAUGGCCCAGGGCAGCAUGGAAAAGCAAGGCGGCAAACCUGAAUGGGCUCAACGGAUUCAGCUCGUGGAAGGGAGACGACCGGAUGAGAGACCAGUGAGCUCUACAUUGGCCAGAGAGGCAAUCCGGUCGAAUCCCCAAGAUUUGGAAGGGCUGGUCCCCGACAACGUCCGGGAGUUCAUCCUGUCCCAACAACCAUAUUCGGAGUAAAACGAUAUCACAACAUUAAUGAGAUCUUUGUUGCGUGGUAGAGUAACUGAGAUGCGCCGAUGAGCGCUACCCGUCGACGAUCUAUUUAAUACAUGACGCCCUCGUUUAGGAGUACGUAUAUUCGCCCAGGACGACU